UCCAGACAAAGACAGAAUCGAAAAAAGAAAAGAAAUCCAAGAAGAGAGAGGCAAGACGAAGAGGAGAAAACUCUGUUUCCUGAGACACUGGCUGUGUCUGAAUCAUCUUCCAACAUGAUUCAAGCAACCUUGGCAUGAAAAACCAGGUGGAACCGGGAGUGUUUUGGCUGCAUGACCUAGGCAGACACAGGGAUUCCAGCCCUGGGCCCUGUCCUAUCACUGCCUUCCCCGAGCCUUGGCUUUCCGGGCCUUCUGAGUUUCUGUGGUAUAUGGUUACUCUCCCCAACAAGGUGGCAGCACAGCUCUCCUCCGCCUCCUUCGACUCUUGAGUUACUUAUUCAUUGGUAUUGUUGUGCCUACCUGUUCAGCACAGAGGACCUGCUUGUUUCCUGCUUCUAUCCCAGCCAACACCACUUUCCCCAGUCAGGGGACAGUCAAGUCUAUCUAUGUAAAAGAGCCGUCAAGAGUCACCAAAAAGUACUGCGCAGUUGCCUUCCAUAAAAAGGAUACACCAGCAUCUGCUCUCACACCAGGUGCAGGAGAAUACCUGUGUUCCCGCAUCCCCAUCACGCCUGGAUUUUCAUCUAGCUUUUUAAUACUGUGCAACCUGGCCAUGGCGUCCAUCCUGGGCUUGGCCCAGGAACUGUUGGUCUUCUUAGGAAAAUCAGUGUUUAUUGUUCUGGAGUCUCUGGUUUUCACCUUCAUCCCAGUGCCUCGGAAGAAGGUUGCCGGUGAAAUCGUGCUCAUAACGGGCGCGGGGAGUGGACUUGGAAGGCUCUUAGCCCUCAAAUUUGCCCGCCUCGGCUCCGUGCUUGUCCUCUGGGACAUCAACCAGGAGGGGAACGAGGAGACCCGCGAGAUGGUUCAGGAAGCCGGGGCCGCAGGCGCUUACGCCUACACCUGUGACUGCAGCCGGAGGGAGGAUGUGUACAGAGUGGCCAGUCAGGUUAAGAAAGAAGUUGGCGAUGUUUCCAUCCUGAUCAACAAUGCUGGAAUUGUAACAGGCAGAAAGUUCCUCGACUGCCCAGACGAACUUAUGGAAAAGUCUUUAGAUGUGAAUUUCAAAGCACAUUUAUGGACUUACAAAGCCUUUCUACCUGCAAUGAUUGCGAAUGACCACGGACACUUGGUUUGCAUUUCAAGCUCAGCUGGAUUAAUUGGAGUAUAUGGCCUGGCAGAUUAUUGUGCAAGUAAAUUUGCAGCCUUUGGAUUUGCUGAAACUGUAUUUUUUGAAACAUUUGCCAGCAAACAAAAAGGGAUCAAAACCACUAUUGUGUGCCCAUUUUUUAUAAAAACUCAAAUGUUUGAAGGUUGUACUUCCAGGCUUUCUUAUGUGUUACCAAUUCUGGAACCAGAAUAUGCUGUUGGGAAGAUAGUAGAUGCCAUCCUGAAAGAACAACUGUACCUGUACAUGCCAAGGUUUAUAUACAUCAUGGUGUUUUUGAAAAGUUUCUUGCCCCCCAAGCUGGGAAUGCUUUUGGCUGAGUACAUGGGUGCCUUUAAUUUCAUGGAUGGCUUCACUAACUCAAAGAAGAAGGACUGAAGACCAGCUCUGUGGCUGAUGUCACCUGAUACCCAGUGUCACAAAGUUAUCUAUUUCAAUGAAGAAAAGUCUUUGUCCUACAGACCAUACCUGGAAACCACAGUACCAUUCUGAGGUUGCUACCUGGACUAAUAUGUUCAACCAAUGCCUUUAAAAAUCAUGUUGCUGUCUGCUUUUCUGUUGAGUUUUUAAAAUAAUAAUAAUAAUAAUAAAACA